CUUGACAUCUUGACAGCACCGCGACACAGUCUCACCAAGCACGUAGGCCAGCAAGCACUCGGCAGUAGGCAAGCACGCGACCGACUCGCAUCCCAGCCAAGAUGGCAGGCUCACUCGUGGCAUCAAAGCUCUUCAACCUCAAAGGUUGGAACACCCUCGUCACCGGCGGUGCCACCGGCAUCGGGAGAAUGAUUGCAGUUACCCUCGCUAGCAACGGUGCCAAUGUGUACAUCACUGGCCGACGCAAAGAGGUACUCGAAAAGACCGCGAGCUUGUAUAGCUCGGACGAUGCAGUCAAGUCUGCCGGCGGAUCCAUACACGCUAUACAAUGUGAUGUGCAAUCCAAAAAGUCGAUCCUCGAAGCCGUCGCCGACAUCUCGUCCAAAGUCGACUUUCUGAACCUCGUUGUCGCCAAUGCAGGCAUCAUCACCCCUUCUGUCGAUAUCGGCAGUGAUCCUGACUCGCAUACGGCGGACUCAUACAGCAAGGUCAUGUUGGACCAGGACCCAACGAGCUGGGAUGAUUGCUUCAAAACAAACAUCACCGCCUGCUUCUUCACUGCUGCUGCCUUUCUGCCGUUGCUCGGAAAGGCAAAGACAGCAAGCUCGAGCCCCACAAAGCUCCCGGGCUCUAUCAUCACGAUAUCAUCAAUGUCUGGCAUCACCAAAGAAAGCCAAUCCGGCCAAUUUGCCUACAAUACCUCAAAGGCAGGCACCAUUCAGCUUACCGAGCUCCUCGCCACCGAACUCGCUCGUCCUCACAUCCGCGUCCGUGUCAACUCGAUCGCACCUGGAUAUUUUCCAUCCGAGAUGACGACCAACAGCUCAGGCGAGGACAAUAAAUCGUCACUGUCGUCAGAGGGCUUCAUGACAGAACGUGGCGUUCCGUACGGCAGACCGGGAACCGAGCGAGAUAUGGCGCAGCUCCUGCUGCUCUUCGCCUGCAACGAAUACGUUACCGGCCAGACGACAGUCAUUGACGGCGGCUGGUUGCUUCGUCAUGCAUGACAUGCGAUUGCCAGUGACAGCAAUGAAUGCACUAUUGAACCCACAAAUCAUGUGGAUGUAUCCGACGAGAGCAAGCAAU